AUGUGCACGACCCGAGGUAUAACCCACUCCAGAAACAACACCGUGACAUGCUAUGACGAUCCUUACCUCCCAUCUAAGGAGCCCUGGCAGCGGCGUAGCCCCGGGAGCAACAUGGCCGGGAGCAGCGAGGAGGCGCCAGACUACGGGCGAGGGGUCGUGAUUACGGACAGCUGGCCUGGGUAUGACUUGAACUUGUUCACAUACCCGCAACAUUAUUACGGAGACUUGGAAUACGUCCUCAUACCUCAUGGCAUCAUUGUGGACAGAAUUGAACGGCUGGCUAAGGACAUCAUGAAAGACAUCGGAUACUGUGACAUUAUGGUCCUGUGUGUGCUUAAGGGAGGUUACAAAUUCUGUGCUGACCUAGUAGAGCACCUUAAGAACAUCAGCCGAAAUUCAGAUACAUUUGUCUCCAUGAAGGUGGAUUUCAUCAGACUAAAAAGUUACAGGAAUGACCAGUCCACGGAUGAGAUGCAGAUCAUUGGAGGCGAUGAUCUCUCCGCACUGGCUGGAAAGAAUGUCCUCAUCGUGGAGGAUGUCGUAGGGACCGGAAGGACCAUGAAAGCGUUACUGGGCAGUAUCGAGAAAUACAAGCCCAAUAUGGUUAAGGUAGCCAGUUUGUUGGUGAAGAGGACACCUCGAAGUGAAGGCUUUAAACCAGACUAUGCUGGGUUUGAAAUUCCAGACUUAUUUGUGGUGGGUUAUGCCUUAGACUACAAUGAAUACUUCAGAGAUCUGAAUCACAUCUGCGUGAUCAACGAACAUGGGAAAGAAAAAUACCGCAUCUAAAGCAGGAAAUUCCCACUGUCGAGUUUCCAGGCAACAUCAGAUUUAGAAGGCACUUGGAAAGCCAGCGUGUAAAGUUCACCUCCCUAGAUGUCUCACUG